AUCAGUGUCUAGGUGGAGCAGACUGAAUCCAUUUUCAAGUGCUUAUGUGCUGUGAGAGUCAACAGGUUUUUGUGCCUGUUCUCUAGUAUUUUCAGUUUUGUAUGUUUUUUCCAUAAAGGCAGUAUUCAGUUCAGAAAGAGAUAUGGGGAUCCUCUAUUCAGGUAUUUAUAUGGUGACCCCAUCAGGUAGUAUCUGAAUCUGCCCAGCAAGUUAAGAAUAGAAACUAGUUUAAUUAGAGGUUUUGUUGCUCCUGUAGCAGGUUUUUAAGAUCAGUCUUUUAUGUAUGAAUUUUUCACACAUCCCCAGCCAACUUGAAGAUUUCCUGGAAAAGCAGGCUUGAGGUACAGUACAAGGCAGAGAGUGGAUCACAUUUCAAGAAUGUUGAAUGUAAUCCUUCAAAACUGUUUCAAAACAUUUUGUGGUCCUAAUGCCUGUUCUGUUUUGAAAGGGAGGGAUUUUAUGGGGUUAUUCUCAUCUCAGUCACUAGUUUGUGCUUCAGACAUAAUGUAGUCACCAAGCUGAGAGCUGAGUUAAAGGUUAGUGUCAGAUAUAGAUGCAGCUCUACAGAGGAAAAAUUCCUUCCAAAGUAGAGUGGAAGUUUAGACCACAAAUUCAGACAAAGGGGAAAAACAUUGUACAAACAAGUGAAAGGUAAUAAUUUAAUCUUUGUAUAGUGUGGAGAUAUUUCUGUCAUUAGUAUGCAUGAUAGAAUAAUUCACUGUGCUUCUUUAUUUUGAUAUCUGUACAAGAUACAGGAUGUCAGAUUCUACAUGCCUAGCAUUGUAAAAUGAUAACAGCUGAGGAGUGGGCAUAAUAAGGGAAUGUUGUAGUUAAACAACCUUCAUAUUUAGUGCAUAUUUGCUGGGACAGAUCCACUGUUGACUGUAUAGCUGUAGGGUCAAGAAUUCCAGAAGUUUAGGCUGAAGUUAAGGACCCACCUGACACUCACUUUACAAGAACAGAGAAGAGCAUUUUCUAUUUUUUUUCCCCAUAUUAGUUUUUAUUACCAAGAGUGGCUGCUCCCCUCUAGAAUUGGAAAAAUGAGGGAACAAAUUUGUCCCCAUCUUCCUUAAUGAAAGAUGCUAUAAGUCUUUCCUCAUAAAAGAGCUGUUCUAUCCCUCUGAUCAUUUUUGUGUCCCUCCUCUAGACCCAUUCCAACAGGUCCACCUCUUUCCUGUGCUGAGGACCACAGAGCUGGAUUCAGUUCUCCAGGCAGCAUCAUAAAAUCUUUAUCAAGUGAAAAUGGCCCUUAGCAAUCUGACUUCAAAGGCUGUACUACUCUAUGAUGAAUGGAUUAAAGAUGCUGAUCCAAGACUGGAAGGCUGGCCACUCAUGUCUUCACCUUUUCCAACAACCUUUAUCAUUGGAACCUACAUUUAUUUUGUCACUUCCUUGGGACCCAAACUCAUGGAAAAUAAAAAACCUUUUGAACUCAGGCAGAUAAUGACCUUUUAUAAUUUUGGUGUGGUAGUCCUCUCUUUAUAUAUGACUUAUGAAUUUCUUAUGUCGGGUUGGGCCACAGGGUACUCGUUCCGGUGUGAUAUUGUUGACUACUCAAGGUCACCAACAGCUCUAAGGAUGGUGCGAACUUGUUGGCUUUACUUCUUUUCCAAGUUCAUUGAAUUAUUAGAUACUAUAUUUUUUGUGCUGCGUAAGAAAAACAACCAAGUUACAUUCCUGCAUGUCUUUCAUCAUUCCAUCAUGCCAUGGACCUGGUGGUUUGGAGUCAAAUUUGCUGCAGGUGGUUUGGGAACAUUUCAUGCUUUGUUGAACUGUAUUGUCCAUGUUGUCAUGUAUACUUAUUAUGGAAUCUGUUCUUUGGGACCAGCCUACCAUAAAUAUUUGUGGUGGAAAAAGUACAUGACAACUAUACAACUUGUCCAGUUUAUUAUGAUUACAGUUCAUAUAGGACAAAUCUACAUCAUGGAUGAUUGUCCGUACCAGUAUCCAAUUUUCAUGUUUAUUAUUUGGCUGUAUGGCUCUAUGUUUUUAGUCUUGUUUCUCCACUUCUGGUACCACGCUUACACGAAGGGACAAAGACUACCAAAAAUGGCAAGAAAUGGGAUCCACAAAGAUCAGUAAAACAAAUUCUUGUCUCUAAAACCAAAAAGUAUGUACGUCAAAGCGGAAACUUGCACUACUUGACAAUCAAGAUAUUUAGGUGCGCACACUACAUGGUGUAUAUUUUGUAUGUUUUCUUCCAGAACAGAAUUUGUAUUUUUACCAUAAGUUAUUUGGGAUUCAGAAUAUGGGGGCUGAGGGGAGCACUGUGGAUCUCUGAAAAAAAAAAAAAAAAGAGGAUAGAUGAUAUCUAUCUAGGAAAUGCAUGAAAAUAAAGAUAAUAAUUAGGAACAUUAAAAUGUGCAUGAAAAGUACUGAGUACUUUGAACACUGAGGGGGAUAAAAAUCACUUCACCUUAAUGUUGUAAGCUGCUGAGACUGUCAGCAGCAUUAAAAGAAUCUUCAGUAAGUACUGUUUAAAGCUUAUUAAUAUAGUCAAUACAUAAACAUUGUUAUAUCUGUUUAUAAACUGUAUUACUUUAAAGGACGGAUUGUGUGUUGAUCUGUCAAGGCAUAGCGUUUCAUUUGAAGAUCAGAUUUUUCGAUACACUGUCUUUUACUAAGAGAACAAUUCAUUUCAUGUUCUACUCAGUUGGACAUUAUCGUAAAUGUUGGAAAGCUACUAAUAUGGGGAUUAUCUGAAUUGUCUUGUAGCGAUCUUGUAGUGAUCAAAACAUCUUACUGAUUUGUUCACUGUAGUAGCCUAAUAUACUUAUUAUUCAUUGUAUCUAUGGAUAUAUUUUAUAUUGGUAGCAUAUGCUGUUUGUGGGAGGGGGUAAGGGGAUUACUGAGUCUUGUAAUUCAAUAGCCAAAAUCUUAGCACUUAAAUAAAAUUGAAAAAAGGAAUUUUUUUGAUUGAAGCUUGAAUGUUGCCUGACAUGAUUGUACUGUGCUCUACUCUCUUCCAUUUCCAUUAUCUAUUGAAAUACAUGCCUAGAAAGAG